UCCCAUUUUGAACGCUACUGGAUAACUAUUUUUUCCUAAAGAAAAUUCUUGCUAUUCAUCGUACUCCUUUUUUCACUUUUCCACUUUUUCUUGGUGAUUUCAUAAACGAAAAAGAUUUUUUUUCACACUCAAUAUGAUAGCAUGAAUUAUUUAGGUUAGUCAAAGUUGACGCCAUUGUUGCAGCUAAUUUACUUUUCCCUGGAAAGCCAUUGCUUGCCUUAGAGAGCAAAGAUCAUGAAUACCAAUGCUUGGAGCGCCUUUCUAAUGAUCACUCUUUUGAUGCCAUUGAUCAUUUCGGCGUUAGUUUUUGUUGAUGCUGAAAUCAUGGACUACCCCUUAUUUGUUGAUGGCCCGAAAUCCUGGAGAAUCCCUUCCUCAUCUGACUAUAAUUUCAGGGAGUCAUAUGGUGUGAAGCCGAUCCUUGUUAAUGGGAUGUUUGUCUGUGGUUUCCAUUGCAGCUAUGAUGGUGACAAUUGCCUAUUUGCUAUCUCUAUCUUCAGCACGAGUUACGAUGGUCAUAUCAGAUCUUCUCCACAAGUGGUAUGGUCGGCUAAUAGAGGCCAUCCAGUUCAGAGUCAAGCACAGUUGCAACUCUUUCAUGAUGGCCAGUUUAGGUUGACAGAUGCUUACAAUUUUUCUGUUUGGGACCGAUACAUCGUUGAUACGUCAAGUUCAAGGUUAAAAUUGAGUGCGGAGGGAAACCUCAUGCUGCUUAACAAUGCAAGCGACAUGGUUUGGCAGUCAUUUGACUACCCAACGGACUCUUUAGUUCUUGGUCAAAGUUUAAUGUCAUACCCAUCAUUGACGGCAAGAGGAUCGCUACCGAAUUCAAUUAGAUUUUCGUAUAAAUUUGCUGUCAAUUAUUCUGUUGGCUACUUCACUGCUUCUAUGGAUCCCUAUUACGUAAGUCCUAUCUUGUCUGAUGUUGAUCUUGAAUUCCAGAAAGGAAAGUUCGGGAAUUUCUCCGUGUCAGCCUCAGCUAAGUUUAUACAGUUGGGAAGUGAUGGCCACUUGAAGGCAUAUGAGUGGAAAGAUUCCAAGUGGGAGGGGACUGAUCUACUCCCCAUUGAUCCAUGUAGUUAUCCAUUCGCAUGUGGAAAUUAUGGCUUUUGCUCAAAAGAGGGAUGCAGUUGCCCUGUUGAUGCAAGUGAAAAUGGAACUACUUAUUUUAAGCCAAUAAAUUAUACAAAGCCAGAUCUUGGAUGUUAUGCAGUUUCACCAAUCUCUUGUGAGAGUUCUAUUCAUCAGAGUUUUCUCGAGCUACAAGGCUACUAUUUUCAUCCCGUGAAAAAACAUUUGAUCUCUGAGACAAAAACUUUAAAAGAAUGUAAAGCACUCUGUUUAAUCAACUGUUCUUGCGAAGCCUUUAUGGAUACAGAGGGUUCCUGCUAUUUUCUGUCUGGAGGAUUGUCCAUCGCGAAAAAUUAUUCUAGCGGUUAUGGUACUUACAAUGACAACUCAGUUUUUAUGAAGGUGCAAAGUUCUCCCUUUUCACAGAGUCCUAACAAGAAUGUUUCAUCACCCAAGUAUACAUCAGUUAUUGUGGGCUCAACUCUUGGAGCUAUCUUUGGUGUGUUUCUUAUAUGCGCUUUCAUUAUUCUAGGAUUUAGAAAAGGGUUCCAAGAAGUUGAGGAAGAUUAUCUAGACAACAUGCUGGGAAUUUCAACUAGAUUCUCAUAUGAAGAGCUGAAGAACGUCACCAAAAAUUUUAGCAACAAGAUUGGUGAGGGUGGUUUUGGGUCUGUUUUUCAUGGAACCUUACCUUCGGGGUCUGAAGUUGCAGUGAAGCAUCUUGUUGGCUUUGGUGCAGUUAACAAGUCCUUUGUAGCUGAAGUUCAAACAAUUGGAAGCAUUCACCAUUUCAACUUGGUAAGUUUGGUUGGAUUUUGUGCUGAAAAAUUCAACAGGCUUUUAGUCUACAAGUACAUGGCAAAUGGAUCGCUAGACCGAUGGAUCUUCAAUAAAAACCAAGAAUCUGCUCUUAGAUGGCACAUUAGAAAGAAUAUCAUUAUAGAUAUAGCCAAAGGACUAGCCUAUCUUCAUGAAGGUUGCAAUCAAAAGAUAAUUCACUUAGACAUCAAACCUCAAAAUAUCCUUCUAGAUGAGAAUUUCAAUGCCAGAAUUUCAGAUUUUGGGUUGUCUAAGCUAAUUGGAAGAGACCAAAGUCGAGUCGUAACAGCUAUGAGGGGAACCCCUGGUUAUAUCGCUCCUGAAUGGUUAAGCUCAGUUAUAACUGAAAAAGCAGAUGUCUAUAGCUUUGGUAUUGUGGUCCUGGAAAUUCUAUGUGGGCGACGAAACGUCGAUAAAUCUCAACAAGAAGAGGAUAUGCAUUUACUGAGACCUUUUAGGAGAAAGCAAGAAGAAGGGCAACUGUUGGAUUUAGUCGAUCAAUGCAGCGAUGAUAUGCAGUCGAAUGCAACCGAAGUUGUGGAGAUGAUGAAGGUUGCUGCAUUGUGUCUGCAAAAUGAAUAUGCCAGGAGGCCUUCCAUGUCCGCAGUGGUGAAACUUUUUGAGGACUCAAAUGAUGUUGUAAGUAACUUGAAUGAAGAUUCUCUAAAUGGAUUAACGUGGGAAAUUGUGGGGAGUUUUGCUUCACAAGUUUCACCCUCUAUAUUAUCUGGGCCAAGGUGAUGAAUAUGGACAUGGUGGAGAUGUUCUAGGAUGAUAUUGAUGAAGAUGUGAUCAAUAUAAGCAGAGGUAUGUCCCCAAAGUUCGGGCAAUUUAGUUUUGUCAGUUUUCCCUUUCUAAUUUACUUGUUAUAGUGGUUCUCAAAGAAACGUAAUAGUAGUCAAUCUUUUUGCAAUGUUCCGAAGUUUGUUAUGUGUCAAAUACUUGUUUUCAUCAUAAUUUUUGGGUCCAAAAAUUAAAUGUUAAACCCAAAAGUGAUCAAAGACUCAAAGGUAGUAAAAUCCAUGAGACAGAGUAAUAGUUAAGGGUGUUUACCGUUCUAGGUGUGGCUUAAGUUUGAAUUGUACUAAUUGCGUUAGUUAUUUGGGCUCUAUCCCGUUAUCAUAAUUAAAAAAAAAAAGACCAUGGCGUUUUACAAUAGUAUCCAUGGAAGUCAA